CCGAGGAAGAGUAUGCAAAUAAGUCAAUGCGCAUGACUAUCCCAAACGAAGGCUGCAGUGUGACAACACGCUUUCUCACGUUUUGUUGACCAACUGCGGUAUUUAAGCGUGUUUGCCAUGACUCGCCGGGCAUGGGGUAUGCUUUCUACUGUGGCGCUGCUGUCUUGGCAGUGUGACUGCUUUUACCAGGCAGCCUUCGCUUCUGGAGUGGCUCGCCUCAAUCAGCCCCAGUGCCGCGCAGGUCGCACUGCCUGUCGCGUGCGCGAGAGAGGCCCUCGGCCUCGAUCGCAGAGGCAAACUCGGGGGGACCACACGCCUGCAAAGGUGAUCACAAGUCGCAUCAAGGGCGCUGCCUCAGCAUCCGAGGUCUUGGACUUGAUGCAGGCAGAGCGCGGAAAUCCGGAGCUGAACUUGAUUUCCGUCUCCGCGGCAUGGAGCAGGCUGGUAAGGUUGCAGCACAGCAUCACUCCUGAUGUUGCCAAUGAUUCCUCCUUAAUGAUGCUUAUGCAGCGGACUCGGACUUUGUUGGAAGAGGCACCACCAGAGGCACGUGCAGUGGCCAACAUGUGUUGGGCGGCAACACGACUGCAGGGUUGCUUGUCCUCGCAGCUGACAAGUCUUCAACAAUCGUUGGAUCAAGCUGUAAGGGUCUCAGCAAAUCAGAUGAAUGCACAAGAAGUUGCCAACAUGAUUUGGACACUGGAGAAGCGAUAUGCAGAGGGUUCAGACUCAGAUUCUGAGGCUAGUUUGGGCUUGCUGCUGUUGCUGGCCGGCAGGCUUCCAUCUGUUAUCUCAGCCAUGAAUGCGCAAGCAGUGUCCAAUGUGAUUUGGACGUCGGCGAAGCUCGCUGCGACCGAUCCUGAUGCCAACGUGUUUUCAGGCUUGCUGCCCUUGUUGGCAGGCAGAGUUCCAUAUGUGAUAUCAGACAUGAAUGCGCAAGGCGUGGCUAAUGCAGUUUGGGCUAUCGCAAAGUUAUCUGCAACCGGCACUGAUGCGGAGGCCUUGUUGGGAACGUUGCCUGUGUUGGCAGGCAGAGUGCCGGCUGUGACCAAGCAGAUGAACACUCAGCACGUUGCCAACGUGAUGUGGGCAACAGGACAGCUUUCGCAGCGCCACGCGUCUAGGGCCACAGACAUACGUGAAGUGCUGCCGAUCAUUGUGGAUCAAGCAGUUGCUGUAAUUCGACAAGCGACGCCGCAAGCGCUUGCAAACUCGUGCUGGGGUUUGGCACUAAGCCUGUAUAGUGACACUGGUUUCCUUCAAGCUGUGGCAACGAGGGUGGUGGAUGAAGCCGAUGGUUGGCAUUCGAGAGGAGCUGAGUUGACCUUGCCUUCGUUGCUUUGCGCCUUUGCCAGGCUGAAGGCUGCUGGCUAUGAGGACAUGCUCGACGGUGCGUGCACAAGACUGGCACCAAUGCUGACUCAAAUCAACGACUGGGGCCUGUGCACGCUGAGCUGGUCCCACCACGAGCUGGAUCUCAAUGACAACUUCCUGCCCUUUCGGCAACGACUGGAAGAAGAAGUGCUGUCCCGGGGCUUCUCCAAGCACGAUGUAGAGCGCAGCUGCCUGGGGCCUGAGACCUGGCGGACUCGAUAAUCAACUUGUGAACGGCUCUGUCCUUUGAGAUGAUCCACC